AUGUCUAUAUAUAAAGUAUUUAGAAAUAAAGUAAUAUUAAAACAGAUUGGAUAUGAAAUUGAAAAGAUUCAUAAAUUGAAAAGAUUAAAAUCAUUUAAAUUUAAUGAUCUACCAUCAUUGGAAUGGAUAGUAAACAAUGAUACAGGUGAUUUAAUUCAUGACCUUUUUAAAAACAAAGAUAAUAAUAAUAGAGCAUUGAAAUCAUUACAAAAAGAAUGGCCAACAUUGGAUACAAUCAUUGCUAUUUGUUCACCACACCGGUAUCAUCGAUCUGUAACCUUUAAAUUGGAUACAUUUGAUGCAAUCUAUUGUUACUAUGAAUCUGCAUUCAAAAAUGAACAUAUGGCUUUGGAUUGUGCUGUAGAUAGUCAAAAUAUCAGUCUUGUACAGUACCUACUUGUCAAAGGUGUACCUUUUACUACUCGUUCAAUCGACAAUGCUUCACAAUUUGGUAAUUUCAAUUUAAUUAAAUUAUUAUUAAAAUCAAAUAAUUCAAAUACUUUGAGUAAAUUUACAAAUAAAACAUAUGAUAAUUUAUCAUCUUGUGGACAUUUGGAAAUAUUAAUGUAUUUUGAUGAACAAUUUAAUAAUACUUUAGAUUUUACAACAAAUUCAAUUGACAAUGCAACUAUAAAUGGUCAUUGGAAUAUUGUUUAUUAUAUAUUAAAUAGAUUUAAAAAUGAUAACAAGAGAUCAAGAUGUCUAUUUACAGAGAUUGCAUUGACUCAUACAGCAGGUAAUAAUCAAAUGGAAUUAUUUAAAAUUCUAUUGGAUUGGCCUGAUAGAAUGGCAAAAACAAGUGGUAAAUGGGUAAAUGAAGCUUUAAUAUUGGCAUCUAGAAAUGGUCACUUUGAAAUGAUUCAAUAUUUAUUUAAUGAAUUUCAUAUAGAAACUAUUCAAGAUAACGUAUUAUCUGCUGCCAUUGAAUCAAAUCAUAAUGAUAUGAUUCAAUUUUAUUUAAAUCGUAUUUUAUCCCCAUCAUCUCAUUUACCACCAUUUAAAAUAAUGGGAUAUGAUAUAUCAAGUCAUAUUUUAAUUGUAAAUGGUCAUUUGGAAAUUUUAAAACAAAUGUACAAGUAUCCAAUUCAAUCCUAUGUAGAAUUGGCUUGUACAUAUAAUCAAUUGGAAAUAUUAAAAUGGAUGUUGAGUAUAAAUGAUUCAAAAGUUUAUAUUGAAAUGGAACAUCUUUUAAAACAAUCUAUUGGUCAUUUGGAUAUAUUAAAAUAUUUAAUAGAAGACAUCAAAGUAGUAGUAACGAUUGAUGAUUUGGAAAGAUGUUGUGAAAUUGGUCAUUUGGAAUCAUUACAAUAUCUUUUAAGAUUUUAUCCAAAAGAUCAAUUGAUUAGUAUUAGAUCAAUUAAAAAUGCUUGUUUUGAAAGUCAUAAUCAUAUUUUAUCAUUUUUAUUCAUUCAUCAUCAUCAUAAACUUUGUAAUAUUUCAAUCAAUGAAAAAUUUCAAUUAUUACAAGCAUGUAUUAUAUCUGGUUCAUUUAAAUGUUUGGAAUUAAUAUUUGGUUAUUUUGAUGAUGAAUCAUCAAACUUUACAGAAUUAAAUCAAGAAAUGAUAGCAAAUUUGGUAUUAAAAGCAAUUCAAUACAAUCAAUUGGAUAUGAUUAAAUAUUUAAUAGAGGAUAGAUAUCCUUUAAUUUUAAAAAGAGAAUUGAUUCAAUUGUCAAAUGGUAGAAAGUAUUUAGAAGAUGCAGUUCAUGCUGGUCAUUAUCAUACUUUGGAUUAUAUACUUGGUGUAUUGGAUCAAUCAAAUGGUCAACAAAUAUUUUAUACACCAAAUCCAAUACCUUCAUUAGAUUUAAUUCAACUUGCUAUUAGGUAUGACCAAGUCGGUUUAAUUGAAAUGAUUCAUAAUCAUUGUCCAAAAAUGGUCGUUCCCGACCCAUAUAAACUGCUCACUAGAGGAUACACCAAACUAUUUAAAUUGGUUAUCAAAUGGAAUUUGGACAAUGGGUAUGAUCAGGAUGACAGUAUACAAAAUCCAUACAUUAAAACAGAACAAUCAAACAAGAUAUGGUUCCUUGAAACCAUUUCACAAGGUAAUAUAUCUCUAUUAGAAUUUUACAAGGAAAGUGGAUUCAUUAAAAUACCUGAUGAAUUGGUUAUUCGUCCAUACACUGAACUUCAAAAAUACUAUCAUGUCCAAACUGCGCUCUACCUAGUGUCGCCCUAUAUAGUUGACAAGAAACCAAAUCCUCAUCAAUACAAACAAAUCCUAUCAUCUAUCGUUUCAAAAUGUGCAGACAAGAAUAUUUAUUCAGUGAUUGAUGCAAUACAAAAAAAAUUAAAGUCACUUGGUCAAGAUAAUAUACUAGUUGUAUCUGCUGUAUUGAUGGCAGCAACUCAUUCAAAUAUAUCAAUGAUUAGAUUAUUAUUAAAAUUUGGUAAAUUUAAAUACCAAGAUUUCUCUAAUCUAUUAAAUUAUGAUUGUUUAAACUUUUUUAAAAAAUUAAAUUAA